CUCAGCUUUCGCCCCGUUGAGAGGACACUCCAAGGGACAGGGGCUAAGAGGUUGUGGAUCGUGGAAUGGCCUUCUUUUUUCGUCUCCUGCUAAAACACAUCCUCAGCAUAUUUAUAUCCCAAUCAAUGUAUUUGUGGCUUACUAUCAGAAAGCCCAGUUUAGUGCUUUGAAAAGCGACCAAAAGGCACCCAGAACAUUGGACUGAGCCCCAAUUAUGGCCACUUUGUCCCGAGAAAUGAAGUUCAUGUAGUCGUUUGUGUGCAAGUCAGUCUAACUCGGGUGGGUCUGUUGUCUGACAUUCAAACUAAUUCUGUGGAAACCAUUACUACAAGUAUUCGUGAUCACCAUUCAUAAUGUUGAAGAAGUGUUGCUUUUGCUUCAACCUUUAUCAUGGGUGCCUUUUAUUGGGCCUCUUCCGGUUAGCCCAUUGGGUCAUCAUCCUUACAGCGACCAUUUACAUUACCGUACAAAUCUACGCUCCAGAUUCUGGUCUACUCCAUUAUCGUGCCAAAUCGGACAUUGAAGCCAAUGCUCACAUUCUGUUCCUCAUCUUUAUCGUGUCCAUUUUGGGAGUCAUACUGGAGAGUGUGUUGGUUCAUGGAAUUCACAAACGGAAGUACAAAUACUUCAAAAUUUGGUACGCUUACACCUUCCUCACGUUCAUGCUGUCGAUUGUUCUGGCAUUUAAUUUCGUCUUGGGCAUUCUCGAGAUCCCCUCUCGGCCAGAAACGGGCAAAAACUUCAUUCAAGACGCUCUCUGUGUGCUCAUACACGUGGUCUUCUUUUUCAUCCCGGAGUACCUCUUGGGACCUCGUCUUACCCCAGUAUUCAUCGCCAUCAUGAUCUUGGUUCACCUCUUCUUGCCCGUUCUACACGGGUACAGCAUUUAUGCAGUCUACUCGUAUUUGCAUAGCUACAUUCUGGACGAUCCACGGAUUGCACGAUCGAUCAACUUGGAGGCAUCUGCUCAGGCUGCGGGCGUUAAAAGGUGUGGAAAUAUGUGCCAAAAAUGUAAACUUGCCACUCUCGAGAAAAAUGGCGGAGUGGGUCAUCAUGACCUGCAAACACCCCUAGUGAAACCCAUUGAAACCACGUGUUAGCCCUGAUCAGGACCAAACCUUUGGUGACCGAUUGCAACACGGAGGCUUAAUGUGAUAAACUAAAAAAACAACAGUUCUCCCAGUAAAGUCCACCGACUCAAAUUGAUUUCGAAACCGCUGAUUAGUGAUUAGUUCCCAAGUCAUCAAUAAUUUGGGAAUGCUUCCGUGUGAAUGAAUGCUUGUAUUCUUGAGGUGAUCGAGUCUCUCCACACUUCCCAAAUUACGUACUACGUUGCAUGAUAGUCCUUAUUCCCUACAUCAGUUGAUACAUCCUUUUCCUUGGCGGCUCAAGGCCGAGUGUGAGGACUAACAAACCAAGUUAAUCCAUCUAAAUGUAUAGUGAAAUUAAUGCCAUAUUAAGAUUCUAAAAUCAUAUCUGUUAUUAGAGCCUUCUUUUCAAAAUACGAGUCCUCGACAGAUCCACACACAUUUCUCAGUCACUUUGUAAUAUUCCUAAGCUUCAGAGGCCGGGAUACAAUUAUUCAAAUGACCAUUCUUAUGAUUGCAAUAAAAGACGGGAUUCCCAAACGAAAACUAUACAA